CCAAAACCCUAACCCUUUUUCAUUCCCUCCUCACAGGCACUCCGACUGUUGCUCUCUCUCUCUCCCUAGGUCGUAACUAUUCAUUCACAGAGCAAGAAGCAAUCUAGGGUUUGUUGAAGAUGGUGGCGGACAAAGGUAAGAAGUUGAAAGGCGAAGAGGAAAAUGCAGAGCACAUUGAUGGAGAACUUGUCGUCUCCAUCGAGAAGUUGCAGGAGAUCCAAGACGAGCUCGAGAAAAUCAACGAAGAGGCAAGUGACAAAGUCUUGGAAGUAGAGCAGAAGUACAAUGAGAUACGCAAGCCCGUCUAUGAGAAGCGGAGUGAUAUUAUCAAAUCCAUUCCUGACUUCUGGUUGACUGCUUUUUUGAGUCAUCCUGCUCUUGGCGAACUUUUGACCGACGAAGACCAAAAGAUAUUUAAGUAUCUUAGUUCCCUUGAAGUAGAGGAUUUUAAAGAUGUGAAGUCGGGUUACACUAUUACAUUUAAUUUUAGCCCCAAUCCUUACUUUGAAGACACAAAGCUCACGAAGGUUUUUACCUUUCUUGACGAAGGAACAACAAAAAUUACCGCCACUUCAAUUAAGUGGAAAGAGGGCAUGGGCAUUCCAAAUGGAGUUGCUCAUGAGAAGAAAGGGAGCAAGCGGCCUCAUACUGAUGAAAGCUUCUUUACAUGGUUCAGUGAAACCCAACAGAAAGUUGAUAUGGAUGAGAUUCAAGAUGAGGUUGCAGAGCUAAUCAAGGAGGAUUUGUGGCCCAAUCCUCUCAAUUAUUUCAACAAUGACGCUGAUGAAGAAGAUUUUGAUGGGGAAGGUGAUGAAGAGGAGAAGGGCAGUGAUGGUUCUGAAGAGGAAGAUGACGACGACGAUGACGAGGAGGGUGAUGAUGAGGAUGGAAAUUGAGCUUCUUCCAUAGCUCAUUCCAUAUUUUCACUUUCGCUGUUUUAGUAUGGCUUGUGUAAAAAGGGGUUUUUGAAGGUCGUUAAAGAACCAAGCGACAUGAUUUUCCUGCCAUGGUAGCUGUGUAGAAAACUCUUCUAGUAGGCCAAACAUUUGCUACUGUUGUCAAUUACAGGUUAUCUGACCUUUUAUUUCUUCAUCAAGGCAUAUGUUAUUCUAUUUUUUGUUUUUGUGUUUUAAUUGGGUUAUCGAUGUGGGAUGUCCUCUCUUGGUAUGCAGAUUGCUAGAUGAAUGAGAGAGUAUUUAGGAUUUUAAGCUAGCAAUGUCAUGAACUCCACUGAGAUGAUAGUUAAAUUAUAGUUUUGGAUGUAAAGCUAUUUGGGUGACUUAAUAUUUUAUAUAUAUAUAUAUAUGCAGAUUUGAUGUGCCAA